UGACAAGCAAUAACCGUGGAGCGCCCGGCUGCACGGAGUCGCCAGGAGCUAGGGGCUCCCCAAGACGCAGGAGACUGAGUCCAGAGUCCUCACUGACCUCACCAUGCCAGUUGCUGCCACGAACUCCGAGUCUGCCAUGCAGCAAGUCUUGGACAACCUGGGAUCUCUCCCCAAUGCCACUGGAGCUGCGGAACUGGACCUGAUCUUCCUUCGAGGCAUUAUGGAAAGUCCCAUAGUCAGAUCCCUGGCCAAGGCCCACGAGCGGCUGGAGGAGACGAAGUUGGAGGCCGUUCGGGAUAACAACCUGGAGCUGGUGCAGGAGAUCCUUCGGGACCUGGCGCAGCUGGCGGAGCAGAGCAGCACCGCUGCGGAACUGGCACGCAUCCUCCAGGAGCCUCACUUCCAGUCCCUCUUGGAGACACAUGACUCAGUGGCCUCAAAGACCUAUGAGACCCCACCCCCCAGCCCAGGUCUAGAUCCCACGUUCAGCAAUCAGCCCGUACCUCCUGAUGCGGUGCGCAUGGUGGGCAUCCGCAAGACCGCUGGAGAACAUCUGGGUGUGACGUUCCGAGUGGAGGGCGGCGAGCUGGUGAUUGCUCGUAUUCUGCACGGGGGCAUGGUGGCUCAGCAAGGCCUGCUGCACGUUGGUGACAUCAUCAAGGAAGUGAACGGGCAGCCAGUGGGCAGCGAUCCCCGGGCGCUGCAGGAGCUCCUGCGCAACGCCAGUGGCAGUGUCAUCCUCAAGAUCCUGCCCAGCUACCAGGAGCCCCACCUGCCCCGACAGGUAUUUGUUAAAUGCCACUUCGAUUAUGACCCUGCCCGCGACAGUCUCAUCCCCUGCAAGGAAGCAGGCCUGCGCUUCAACGCUGGGGACUUGCUCCAGAUUGUAAACCAGGAUGAUGCCAAUUGGUGGCAGGCAUGCCACGUAGAAGGGGGCAGUGCUGGGCUCAUCCCCAGCCAGUUGUUGGAGGAGAAGCGGAAAGCGUUUGUCAAACGGGACCUGGAACUGACCCCGACCUCAGGGACCCUGUGUGGCAGCCUUUCGGGAAAGAAGAAGAAGCGCAUGAUGUAUUUGACAACCAAGAAUGCAGAGUUUGACCGCCACGAGCUGCUCAUUUACGAGGAGGUGGCCCGCAUGCCCCCAUUCCGCCGGAAAACCCUGGUGCUGAUUGGCGCUCAGGGUGUGGGCCGACGCAGCCUGAAAAACAAACUCAUUCUGUGGGAUCCAGACCGCUAUGGCACCACAGUGCCCUACACAUCCCGGAGGCCCAAGGACUCAGAAAGGGAAGGGCAGGGCUACAGCUUUGUGUCUCGCGGGGAGAUGGAGGCCGACAUCCGUGCUGGGCGCUACCUGGAACAUGGGGAGUAUGAGGGCAACCUGUACGGCACGCGUAUCGACUCCAUCCGUGGCGUGGUUGCCUCUGGCAAGGUGUGCGUGCUGGACGUCAACCCCCAGGCGGUGAAGGUCCUGAGGACAGCUGAGUUUGUACCUUAUGUGGUAUUCAUUGAGGCCCCUGACUUUGAGACCCUUCGAGCCAUGAACCGGGCUGCGCUGGAGAGCGGCGUGUCCACGAAACAGCUGACGGAGGCAGAUCUGAGGCGGACAGUGGAGGAGAGCAGCCGCAUCCAGAGGGGAUACGGGCACUACUUCGACCUCAGCCUGGUCAACAGCAACCUGGAGAGGACCUUUCGUGAGCUCCAGGCUGCCAUGGAGAAGCUUCGAACAGAGCCCCAGUGGGUGCCCGUCAGCUGGGUGUACUGAGCUCUGCUCUGGACCUUGUUCCCUGCCUGGUUGGGAAUCCAUCCUUCAGCCCACUUGUGACACCCUCCUACCCCAAUAACGAUCUCCACCCCCCCCCCACCCCAUCUCUGGUUUUCCCUGGAUCACAGUUCCCAGCAGGCUUCAGUCCAGAGGUGUGCACUGCCAGGGAGGUGGUGUUCAUAGGGUACCUCUGUACCCAGGUGCUGCCCACUCCCGAUGUCCACUGGCCACCAGACAUCCCUCUCUAAGGAUCAUGCUGUGUCCAGGAGCAUCUCAGAGUCCCUCCUGUGAUGCUCAGACCAGGGAAGAGCAGAACUGCGUUGACCUUGUGGUCAGUAGGUCUAGGACCCUACCAGCCUUUUCUCCUUGGGGCUGGCCACACCCACCCUG